AUGCCGAAUGAGGCAUCUCUUGCAGAGUCUUGCACCAAGUGCCGCGUGAAAGUUAAGGAGCUCAGGCAAGCCUACCAAAAGACAAAGGAGGCAAACAGUCGCUCUGGGUCGGACCCCCAUACAUGCCGCUUCUAUGAUCAGCUGCAUGGCAUUCUAGGGGGGAACCCUACCACUACCCUACCACUGUCUGUGAACACCUGCAAGGGGGGAGUCUCACGCAACAGGGAGGAGGAUUUUGUGGAUGAGGAGGAGGAGGAGAAUGCACAGCAGGCAAGUGGUGAAUCCGUUCUCCCCAGCAGCCAGGACCUUUUCAUCAUCCUGGACCCAAUACCCUCCGAAGGCGGGAUCCCCAACCCUGACGCUGGAGAAGGCAGCUCUGGUGCAAAUGUUUCUAAGCUCCCCCGAUCAGCUCCAUCCCUGAGGUUAUCGCAGAUUAGAAGGCGAAAAAAGCGCACUGAUGAUGACAUGUUUUACGAGCUUAUGCAGUCCUCCCACACUGAUAGGGCACAGCUUAAUGCAUGGAGGCAUUCAGUGUUAGAGGCUAGGAAAGCAUUAAGUGAUCAUGAAGAGCUGAGAGACACAACCAACAUCAUCACCGGAUGCCACAAUGCCUGCAGGAGGUCAAUACCAGGAUGA